AGAAAAGAGAAAAAAGAAAAAAAUCAUAUUUACGUACUCUCUCUCUCUUUCUUUUUCUGAGAGAGCUUUCAAUUGUUCGCAAUCGGUAAAUCCUUUCUCUUCGUCAUGGAUUGAACCAUAAAUCAAUCUCUCUGUCUCUCUCUAACAGCAUGGCCACUUCCUUCUCUCUCUAGGAUUUUGUGGUUUGAUUUCAUAAAAUUUCUAGUUAGGUAAUCGUAGGGGUUUUUUUCCAGUUCUUUGUACGGUGAAGCUUGAAGUUUUCUUCUGGUUUUCGAGCUGAGUUCCUCUAAGUCGUUGGCUUCUGCAAUUUCUUUUCCGUUAGGAGCAGAACUAUAAAUUGCGUGCAGGAACCUUGACAUAUGCUUUCUGUUGAGACUUGAAUCACCAGCAUGGAUUUGAAUGCCUUGCCACAGCCAGAGGAUGACGACGAGAUUUUUGGAGAACAAUUAGAAGAUGAACCACAAGAACCUAUUUUACGUAGUGAUGAGCGUGCAGAUUAUGUCACGAGUGCUGUAGAGAUUUCACGUCGCGAGCGGGAGGAAAGGAUUCAAAAACUUAAAAGACAACAUCCAGAUGAUAGACCAGCAUAUCCAUCUCAACCACGAAUGCAGGAUGAGAUCUUUCAGACAAAGAGACAGAAACCUAGCAGCAGACUUCCUCCAGGUUGGUUGGAUUGUCCUGCGUUUGGACAGGAGAUAGGCUGUAUUAUUCCUUCAAAGGUUCCAUUGGAUGAAACUUUCAACGAUUGUGUUCUUCCUGGCAAAAGAUACUCGUUUAGGCAAGUCAUCCACCAACAGAGAGUUUUAGGAAGAAAACUUGGUAUGGUGAUUGAUCUCACCAAUACAAGUCGAUACUAUUCAUUGUCAGAUUGGAGGAAACAAGGCAUCAAGCACGUAAAGAUUCAAUGCAGAGGCCGCGGUUCUGCACCUGACAAUGAGUCUGUAAAUUUAUUUGUCUCUGAGGUUUCACAAUUUCUUGCCCGUCAGAAACAUGCAAAGAAGUAUAUUCUUGUUCAUUGCACACAUGGGCAUAAUCGCACUGGGUUUAUGAUCAUUCAUUAUCUUAUGCGCACGCUGCCAAUAUCUGUCAGUCAGGCAAUUAAAAUUUUUUCUGACGCUCGUCCUCCUGGAAUCUAUAAGCCAGACUAUAUCGAUGCCCUAUAUGCCUUCUAUCAUGAGAAAAAACCUGAAAUGGUUGUUUGUCCACCAACACCUGAGUGGAAAAAAUCUUCUGAGCUUGAUUUGAAUGGUGAUGCAAUGCCAGAUGACGAUGAUGAUGGAGGUCCUGCAGCUCCUUUGACUGACAAUCUUGAAGCACAAGUAGUAACCUCAAAUGAUGACAUUUUGGGAGAUGCAAUCCCACAAGAUCAGCAAAAUCAUUUACGACAGUUCUGUUAUCAAGCACUGAAAAUGACCCCAGGGGGUAGAGGCCCACAAUUUCCUGGCUCACAUCCAGUCUCUCUUGACAGGGAAAACUUGCAGUUAUUAAGGCAGCGUUACUACUAUGCCACUUGGAAGGCUGAUGGGACACGGUAUAUGAUGCUGAUCACGAUGGAUGGUUGUUUCUUAAUUGAUAGGCAUUUCAACUUUCGGAGGGUUCAGAUGAGAUUUCCUUGCAGACACACUAAUGAAGGUUUAGCCGAAAAGACCCACCACUUCACCUUACUUGAUGGAGAGAUGGUAAUUGAUACUUUGCCUGACACACAGAAGCAGGAAAGGAGAUACCUAAUUUAUGAUAUGAUUGCUUUGAACCAAUUGUCUGUCAUUGAGCGACCCUUUUAUGAACGGUGGAGAAUGAUCGACAAAGAAGUGAUUGGUCCAAGGAAUUAUGAACGUCAACAUAUAUACCAGAGUAGAAACCCUUAUUAUAGAUAUGAGUUGGAGCCUUUCAGGGUGAGGAGGAAGGAUUUUUUUCUGCUCUCUACUGUCACGAAACUUCUCAAAGAAUUUAUCCCAAAGCUUUCACAUGAAGCUGAUGGUCUUAUUUUUCAGGGUUGGGAUGAUCCUUAUGUUCCUCGUACGCAUGAGGGUCUCUUGAAGUGGAAAUAUCCUGAAAUGAACUCGGUCGACUUUCUCUUUGAGGUGGUUGAUGAUCGUGAAUUGCUUUAUCUACAUGAACGAGGGAAGAAGAAACUAAUGGAGGGGAGUAGAGUUGUUUUCCCAGAUGGUUCUGAUCCAUCAGCUUACUCCGGUAAAAUAAUAGAGUGCUCUUUUGACACUGAUAACCAAAAAUGGAUAUGGAUGAGGACCAGAGUCGACAAAGGAACUCCGAAUGACUACAAUACGUACAGAAAGGUGAUGAGAAGUAUUACCGACAACAUCACUGAAGAAGUGUUGUUGAAUGAGAUUUAUGAGAUCAUUCGACUGCCAAUGUAUGCGGAUAGGAUACAGAGUGAUAGCAAAGCUCAUGUACGACGCAGAUGAAUGAAUUGAUGCUUAGCUGUGUUCAUCUAAUAUCAUUAGAAGGGUAUGUACAAGCAGCCUUAGUUCCUAGGCGUGUUUUGUGUACUAUACUGGGUUCACACUGUAAACUUAGUGGUCCAUGACUCAAGCAAUGAGGUUGUAUUGUAUAUUAUAGUUGUUUUAGUUCACUUUUUUUUUACCUGGUUACUGUUAUGUUGUCUAAGGUAGGUUUUAAACUUUCAAGCUCUAUGUGAUCUAUUCCCUUGUGAAUACAAGUUUGUUCUACUAGUUAUUUCUAGUUUA